AUGUCCGUAGUCUCUCCAUCGCCUAUCGUUGGAUAUGAUCACCAACAAUUAUCAUCAUCAUCAUUAAAUAAGAAAAAAAUGUUGUUACCACAAAUUGAACAUCCAUCAAAACGAAUCGAUUCAGAUGAUAGAAGUUCAUUAGAUAUUCGUGGAAGAUCAAGAGAUAGUCAUGGAAAUGGAGAAUUAAUUCGAAAUGAAUCAUCUCCUCGUCAUCGAAGAUCAUCUUCAUUGAAAUAUAAUUCAAAAUAUCGAAAAUAUUCUCAAAAUUUCGAUAAUAUACCAGAACAUAUAAAUACUCCUCUUGAAAAAGAUCGAGAUCAAGUUCGUUUACCUAUUUUUGGUCGUCGAGCAGAUAGUAGAUCAUCAUCAUGUGAUAAUCAAAAAGAAAAAGAAAGUUGUCAAACAUCUCGAAUUGAAAUCGAUGAACUUGAAAUGAUGUUAAGAGAAAAAGUUCGUUCACAAAUUCAUGAUGUUCGAACUAAAUUUCGUCAUGCCACUCAAAAUGAUCCGAAUGGAAAAAUUUCUCGUCAAGCUUUUCAACAUUUAAUUGCAACUAUUUUUGGAACACAAAAACAAAUAGGACCAUAUCAAAUUGAAAAAUUAUUAGAACGACUUAAUCUUAAAUAUUUAAAUAAAAUAAGUUUUGAUCAAUUUAUUGAAUCAUUAUUUAAUGGUGAGAAAGAUCUUCCUGAUUGGAUACUUAGCCAAAGAUCAUCACGAGAAGAAUCUUCAUCAAAAAGAACAGCAAACCAAAUGUUUAUUAUAUUAAAAGAAAAAGUUCGAACUAAACAUAAAGAUUUAAUAAAUCUUUGUCCUUCAUUGGAUGGUGGACCAUCUUCAAGAAUUUUUAAACCACAAUUUCAUAAUACUAUUCUUGAUAUGGGUUAUAGAAUCAAAGAUACAGAAUUUGAUAAAUUGUGGGAUAAAUUUGAUACAGAUGGAUUCAAAGCAAUUAAAUCGAAUAAAUUUAUUAAAAUUUUAACAAAUAAUUCUGUUGGAGAAGAAGAAGAAGAAACAAAAAUAAAAAGAAAAGAAAAUCUUGAUGAAGAGUCAGUUUGUUCUCAAUCAAGAAACGUUCAAUCUUCUCAUAGUGAUUCAGAUUUAAAAACACCUCGUACAAUUAAUUCACGUGAUCAAUUGGAUGAAAAUCGAAUUCAAAAAUGGCUUAAUCAUAAAUUUCCUCAAGGAUUUUCUGAUCUUGAACGUGCACUUGAACGUUUAGAUACAAAACAAAUGGGAACUUUACCUCGUAAUAGAUUUCUUGAUGAAUUAAAAAGAUUUGGUUUAAAAUUAGAAGAAAAUCUAUUGGAUUUUUUUUUAAAACGAUUAGACGUUGAUUUAUCAUUAACAAAUGAUGGAAUACCAUAUCGUGAUGUUAUUAAUGCUUUUAAACAAAGAUCAGAUCCAACCAAAAAAAGAAUUAAUGCUGAUAAUCAAUUACAUCGAGAAGAAAAUCGUCAAACAUCAUUAGAACGACAAAUAGAUAAUGCUCUAGCAAUGAAUUAUGAACAAGUUCGAGAUUUAUUUGACAAUUUUGACAUAUAUCAUAAUGGAACAAUUAGUAGAAAUGAUUUAAGAUCAAUUAUUGAAGAUUUUAUUGAAUAUACAUUAAAACCUGAUGAAUAUUAUCAAUUACUUAAACAUAUUCCAAUCGAUGAGCAUGGAAAAAUUAAAUAUAAAGAAUAUUUAAAACAACUUCUUGAUAGAACACUUUAUUUACAAGAACAACAACAAAAAUUAUCAAAAAAAUCUCAAUGGGAAUCAAUGAAAACAAGAAAUAUUAGUAAAAAAGUGAAUAUUGAAGAAUUAAAAGAAAAAAGAGAAGAAAGAGAAUAUGAAUUAAAUAAAAGUUCAAAUAAGAUUUCUAAUGAUGAUGAUUAUCAACAAAGAACAAGAUCAAUCGAUCAGCUUCGUCAAAUGUUAAAAUCAUUAAUACGAAAUCGUUCUAAAGAUAUUGAAGAUCAAUUUAAAAAAAUUGAUCGGGCUUCAUAUCAAGAAUUAACACAAGAUCUUUUAUAUGAUUUAUUUAAACGUCUUUCUCUUAAACCUGAAGUAACACGUUCUGAAAUCGAUUUAAUUUGGUCUCAUUGUCAUUUAAAAGAAAAUGGACAUUUAGAUUUUUAUCAAUUUUUACGUGAAUUUGGUUAUUCAAAACGUUCAGCACAUUAUCCAAAUGCAAAAAAAAAUCCACCAAAAAGAGGUGAUGCUGAUUUUUUCUUAACAUCAAGAAAAUUAUAUGGAGAUUCAGUUCUUGUUCAUGGUACUGCAAUUAAUGCUAUUAAAUCAAAUUGGGAUAAAUUAAGACAAGAAUUUACUCAAUUAGAUCCAUAUAGAACUGGUUAUCUUCAAUCUGAUGAAUUUGAUGAUAUAUUAACUGAACUUUGUCCAUCUGUUAAUCAAGAAGAUCUUGAUAUGCUUAAAUUUAGAUUUCAAACAGAAUAUGAUUCGAGAAUGAAUUAUGUUCGAUUUUUAAAACAUCAUGCACCACUUCCAGAAUUAAUUGGUCUUGUUGAUGAAUCAAAUAAAUAUUCUUUACCAACAAUAAAUGAAAAAUCACCUCGUAGUACAUCGAAUCAAUCAGUUUUAAAUCAAGUUUGUAAUAAACUUCGAAGAAAAUUAUCUGAUUCUUCUAAACAACUCCGACGAACAUUUAAACAACGAGAUCCAACCAAUAAUGGUUAUGUAUCAACAAAAGCAUUUAAAGAAAUUCUUAAUCAAUAUAAAUGUUCGUUAAAUGAUGAAGAAUUUUAUACAUUAACAUCACAAAUUGAUACGAAAAUUGAUGGAACAAUAGAUUAUAAUUAUUUUAUUCAACAAUAUCUCAAAAAUAAUUAG